AUGGAGCGACGACUCCCGGGCGCGUGCUUCUCCCAGGCGCGCGGGCUCGUCGGCGGGCUCGACGCGCGCGUGCAGCUGGAGAUCCUGAGCGCGUGCGUGUGGGAUGCACGGGAUGGGUUGGGGUAUUUACUCCACCUGGUGGAGCGCCUCGCGCCGGAGGCGGAGGCGCCGCUUUUGGCGCGCGCGGCGGAUCGGAUGGUGAAAGGGGUGGCCAACCGCAUCGCGGCCGACGGGCAACUGCCCGAGGGUGGGACUUAUCAAGACGUGAUUUGGUCGUGGUAUGCCCAGCACGUGGCGUAUUGGCGGUUUGUUUUUCACCUCGCGAGGGCGUUACCCCCGUCGAUUGGGGGUGCCCUGCGGGUGGAAAUCUUGCGAUCGAAUCUGGAUCACGCGGGAGGGCCUGACGACCUUUCCACCGAGGAUUUGUGUGGCGCGCUCAACGACGAGUUCUGCGGGAUGCUCGCCGGGGGCGCCGAUCACACGACGUUGGAAACGAUGCGAACUCUACUCCUUCGUCUGCUGCAUCCGAGCGCGUCGUUCGGGAUUGCGACCGGGGUCGAGCGGCUUCGCGCGCUCGUCCGUUGCGCGCUCGCCCUCCUCGAACGGCAAUCCGCGGUGGAUCCGAAUCGGGUGAGCGCCGAGCAGCCCUUUUUGCCGUUAUUUUGCUCGGCGGUCGCGCGUUUUAAAGAGGCGAGCGCGGUGCAUUUGGUGGCGGAAUUCUCCAGCCCCAGGGGGAAUCCCAAUGAAAAUUCCGAGGAGGAAAAGGAAAGGAUAGAGGCGGUUUUGGAGGAUAUUGCCACCCUGGGGAGGUGCGUGAAUGCCGCCACGGUGGCCUCCUGCAUGUCCAGUUGCCCGAUGUGGAUUCUAUCGCUUAGCCAGGCGGUGGAUGAUCGUGAUCGACGGGAGCGUAUUAAGCGCGCGAUUGUUAUGAAUUGA